UUUUACUCAGAUGUAAUGUACGGUUCGGGCAACUCUAGAACAUUAUUUUGGUUCUGCGAUUCGUCCUACAAUUUUCACGUGGUUUUACACAUUUCGGCAUGUUUUACACAAUUUAACUUGUAUUUUUGAAUUAAAUUGGCAAUUAUGCAUCGACUUGCAUCUGCCAGGAAUUUAUAUCACAGUUCUCUGCAUGGUGUUUCCCUGCCUUCGAACAAUUCACUUACAAGUACAUCAAAUACGGAAAUAAAAUGCUCGUUUUGUCGAAGGAUUUUAUUAGGCCGCCUCGGUGCAGAAAAUUUUUAUGCAGCGAGACACCAAUCUACGAAAACGGCUAAUUUACUCAGUUCCUUGAGAAAAAAGACUAAGCAUAAGAGUUAUAGGAAAUAUGGAGAAUUGCUUGAAGUUGGUGACCAAGCCAUGACUGAAACUAAGGUAUCAAUAAGUAAAUUGCGAGCUGUGCAUCUCUCAAAGUUGGCAUCUAGUUCGGUCUCACUUGGGCAGUUACACCAGCUCACCAAAAAGCCUCCUAAGAACUUAAAAGUGGCUGAAGUAGAUCCUGAAUUACUACAAACUGUUAGAGACCAGAUAUUAAAGAAGACCUCUGUGAAAACUUCUGCAACGCCAGUCUCUGUGAAGUCUAAGCUUUCCGAAAUAGUAUUAGAAGAUGACAAAUGUGCACUUAUAUACACGAGCCAUCCACUAGCUAACUUAGAAGAUAAACUCAGGACAAAACAAUACAUAGACAUGGUGAAAGAGAGCUACUACGAUUUUAGAAAAGCAACUCUUUAUGACCAAAAGUUGCAAGACCUUAGGUUUGCAAUAAAUGAAGGAUUGAAUCAAGAGUUCAAUUUAAAUGAAAGUAGUAAAACUGAUUUAAUAUCUCAGGAGCAUUUUGAUCCAUUACCAAAGGGGGCUCAUGCUGUGUUCAGAGAAUUGUUUGUGGAUAACCAAUUAGAUAGCUAUGAUCAUGAAUUGAUGAACCACUUAACAAAUAUGCAAGCCCAAGGUAUAGCUCAUCCAGCGAUAGAGGACAUCUAUGAUGACCCAGCUCUGCAUCAUGAGAUUAUAGAAACCAGAGAAGACCUGGAGUUGGAUCAUGUAGAACCAGCUGCUGCUAAUUCCUUGAAAAUCAAACAGGCGAAAAAAGCGAUACGUGACAAGAACAAGGCGAAGCGUGACAAGCGACGUGCCAAGCAAGAGUUGAGCAUGAAGCAAGACAUGCGCGAGCUGGAGCGGCGCGGCAAGCAGGAGUCGCUGCACCGCGUGCUCACUGCACAUCUGCAGUUACUCUGCUCACUCAACAUGAUACAAGAGGCUCAACAAGUGCUACAGUAUUACCGACAGAGAGGAACAAGGACGUCCAAUCAUCCCAAGAUUAAUGACGUCAAAGUAUACAACACGUUACUACAUGGAUAUGCCGCUACAGGAAUGUUGGACAACACAAAGCAGCUUCUAUCGUUUAUGUCUGAAGACGGCGUGGAGCCCAAUCCCCAGACCUUCGCAGCCGUGUACGAGUGCGUCGAGAGAAGUGCUGAAGAGAAUAAAGUGGAACUACUCCAGCAAUAUAAGGACCAGAUGGAUCAAAAGGACAUAACCCUAAACGACUUACUAGACAAAACGAAAUUCCUUUACGAUCAACGUGAAGUUGUUCUUCAAUCAAUCCAUAGACUACAACCGGACUUUGAACCUCAAUACACAGCCCCUGUUCUCGAUUACAAAUGUCCUUUAUUAGACAACUUGACACUAGAUAAAGUGGAGAACAGACAGGGGUUGAUGACGUCACCAGGCGAAGGUCUGUUUUCCAUAGAGGAGAUCAUAGAGAAAGGGAAGGAACAACUGAGUAUGGAGAUCAAAGGGGAGGUUGAGAUACAGAAUAUUGGUGUGAAUGAUGAGCAGUCGGAUGUUGUGAAGUUUUGUCGAGCUAAACUAUCAGCGACGCAAGACAAGUGGCGCGGCGUCAUCCGCGAGUCCUUUGAGCGCAAUCUCGGCACACUGAAGUCGCAGAGCUCGGCUUCGCACUCCGCCAUCACGUUGUACCCGUAUCUUACCGUUUUGGACGUGGAUCAAUUUGUGGACCUAAUAAUGGGCGAAAUAAGCAAACUAGUCGACGGCAGUGAAACAUACAGCCCUACUCUCAAACUAUUACAGAGAGAUUUAGGAACGCAAGUGUAUCAGAAGUACCAAAUCGAGCAGUACCGUCGUAACGGUACACUUAAGAAGCUAGAGCGUAUAUACGAGCAGUAUUGCACGUGGUACGUGGCUCGUGGUUCGGUGGACGGCACGGGACUGCCGUACAACGGCCGGCAGGCGUGGCAGGCGCUUGUGCAUAGGAAUAGAGAAGGGGCUAGCUUGGAUAUUGAGGAGACGCCGUGGCCGAUGGAAAUGCGUCAGAACAUCGGCAAGUUCCUGUACAACAUCAUUAUAAACGACGUCAAGAUUGACGUCAAUAUGUUCAAGAGUAAAGCUGCUAAAGAGAAGCUCCUCCCCGCAGUAUACAAAGUCCACCGGCCAUGGGGCCGGCUGGUGCGGCUGGAGCUGAAGCCGCACCCCGCGCUGGCGCGCCUGUGGGCGGGCGCCGCCGCCCCCGCGCUGCGCCUGCGCGCCGCGCUCACGCCCACCGCCGCGCCGCCGCUGCCGUGGGCGGGGACACAGCGGGGGGCGUAUCUUGUCACGCCCACGCCGCUAGUCAGAAUGCCAUUACACGUGAUGAGUCAAUGGAAGCGUCUGGAGUCAGCUCCAGCCGAGUCGCUGUACCCAGUGCUAGACAGCCUCAACCAGCUGGGCGAGGUGCCCUGGGUCAUCAACCAGCGCAUACUGGAUCUGCAGAUACAGAUAUUUAGAGACGGCGGCGACAAGAAGUUAGACAUAGCGCCACCAUCGUCCCGAUUGGACACAUCUCAGUUCGGCAGCGCGAGUGACGCGGCGAGCACGUUCAAGCGCCGCGUGGCCAUCAACCGCGCUCGAGCAGAGAUGCACUCGCUCUGGUGCGAUGCGUUGUAUAAACUGUCGCUCGCUAACCAUUAUAGAGACUCGACAUUCUGGCUGCCCCACAACCUCGACUUCCGCGGUCGCGUAUACGCGUGCGGGCCGCACGUGUCGGCGCUGGGCGCGGACGCUCAGCGGGCGCUGCUGACGUUUGCCAAGCGCCGCCCGCUCGGACCCAGGGGACUGCGCUGGCUGAAGCUGCAUGCUGUCAACCUUACUGGUACCAUGAAGAAGAGUACUGUUGAUGAGAGACUUGCAUACGCGGACAGCAUACUGCCCAAGAUCCUGGACUCAGCAGACCGGCCGCUGCAGGGCGAGCGCUGGUGGGCGCAGUCCGAGGAGCCCUGGCAGACCCUCGCCUGCUGCAUGGAGAUAGCUAAUGCCGUCAGGUCUCCCAACCCUGAGGAAUACCUCUGCGGCUUCCCGGUGCACCAGGACGGGUCGUGCAACGGCCUGCAGCACUACGCGGCGCUGGGCGGCGACGCGGCCGGCGCAGCAGCCGUCAAUCUAGCUCCACACGAGAGACCGCAGGACGUGUAUAGUGCUGUGGCUGCACUCGUGGAAGAGAUGCGAGCCCGUGACGCGGCAGCGGGCGUACCGGCCGCCGUCAUACUGGAGAACUUCGUGCGGCGCAAGGUCAUCAAGCAGACUGUCAUGACCACCGUCUACGGCGUCACCAAGUUCGGCGCAAGGCUGCAGAUCGCUAAACAGCUUAAAGAUAUAGACGAGUUUCCCAAAGAGCACGUAUGGUCGUGCUCGCAAUACCUGACGACGAAGACGUUCGACAGUCUGCGCGAGAUGUUCACCUCCACCAAGCUCAUACAGGACUGGUUCACCGACUGCGCCAAACUAAUCUCAGCGGUAUGCGGCGAGAGCGUGGAGUGGGUGACGCCGCUGGGGCUGCCGGUGGUGCAGCCCUACUACCGCCGGGCUCCGCCCACCGCCUCACACUACCGGCCCUCGCUCGACCAGCAGCAGCGUCCAUGCACGAUGAAGCAGCGCAACGCGUUCCCUCCCAACUUCAUCCACUCGUUAGACUCGUCACACAUGAUGCUGACGGGGCUGCACUGCGCCGCCGACGCCGUCACCUUCGUGUCCGUGCACGACUGCUUCUGGACGCAUCCCGAUACCGUCGACCAGAUGAACAAGAUCUGCCGUGAACAGUUUGUCGCUUUACACUCGCAGCCGAUCCUGGAAGAUUUAUCUGAGUUUCUACUCAAGCGAUACAGUUACGAUGAAAGUGAACUCGAGGAGAAAAGCGCGGGCGCAGCGAACAAGAAACGUGUUAAUAACUUGCUACAAAAAGUGCCCAGCAAAGGUGACUUCGACUUAAAUAGUGUAUUGAGAUCAGUCUACUUCUUCAGUUAGACUACACUAGGAAUUUAAAUACUUAGCUGGUAUAAGUAACUAAUAUUUUUCGAAUACACGGAAUCCGAUUAUCGAUACUACUAGAACAUAUUGUAGGAUCCCUACCUCAUAAAAUCAUAACCUAAUAUUUACUUCUUAAUUGAAUUAACUAAUAGUAUUAUGGAAAGGUAUACUUAAUUAUCAGAUAAGACACUUCGUUGGUUCUGAACAGUUAGAAUUGCUAGAGUUGGGAACUUCUUACUUGCUGGAUUUACUCAGGUUAGAUAUAACUUGGAAGGAAUUAUAAUUAUCGUAUAAUGUACUUUCUUGCCAAUAUUUUGAGCUUUUUACAUUCAUGUUAUACUGUUUUGAAACUAGGAUCGAAAAUGUGUAAUUAAAGAAGUACACCUGAAUUGUAUAUUGGGUGAAAUAUGGCAACCCUGAUGUGGCUUAUAUUUGAAUUAAGAAUGAGAUUCUUAAAGGUCAAUUUUGGCGAAGAAAGAUAUAUAAAAUGUUGCCAUGUAAGGAGUUUGGUAUAGACUGAAGUGAACUUGUGAUGGUUACUUGAAUAUUGUAGGGCUUUUGUAAUUUUCUAUGAUAGCUGGUAACACUGCUAAGACAUUUUGCACAUUCUUCUUCCAUCGACUAUUGAGACUGGCUUUGUGUUUAGUUUGUUUUUGUCUCAAAUUUUGAUAAUUUAGUUAUGAAUUACGUUGCUUGUACGAAAAUCCCUUUGUUGAAGUCAUCAAAUUGAAAUUCAUUGAGAACAUGCUAUAUCGAUUUAUACACACUGCCUGUGCUAAAAACUGCCUAAAUGAGAAUGUGAAAGAGUCAUCAAGUCAUAUUAUUUUGCAAUAUCGGUAUUUUUUAAGUUCGAUAUAAGAGGUAAGCUAUCGCGAUAUUAGACAAAUAUAAGUUUUAAGUUCUGAGACAAAAAUACCUACUUUUUUGCCAUAUUAUAUCAGUUGGAAUGUCUUACAUUAUGUUUAAUAGGAACCAUUUGAAAAGUUGAUUUUUACUGCCGUAUUACUACUGCCAAAAAGUACUGCUACUCACACCGUACUUGAAAAAUAACUAUGUGUUGGAUUUUCGUACAAAUAACUAGAGUAAUAUUUUAUUAGUUUACUCUUGUAGAGUACAAAAUUGCUGUGUUAAUAUUAUUUGUAUAAUUACUAAUUAUCAACCGAUAUUAGGUGCGGUUGAUUCAUAGGACGUCGACAACUCGUCAAAAUUUUAUUUGUUUGUAUAAAUGAAAUACUAGUUAGAAAACCAAAUAUGUAUUGUAUUGACAAAGAUGAACAUUUUCGAAUUUGUCCUGUUAUGUAGUUGCCAUAAUGUGGAAUUACGACACAACAAACUGUGAUUGUUAGUAGUUGAACAAUAAAUUAAGCUGAAUUAUA